AUGAUGGCACCAUCGGGAAGAAAGCAUGGAGGAAAAGCUGGUAAACCAGCACAGGAACCUCCAGCCAUACCUGCCUAUGACUUCGAGGAGGAAAGGAAAGAGCUGAGUGGAUCAGAGGAAGAUAUUAGAGAAGGUGACACACCAGUAGCGGACAAGCAUGGAAAGAAACGACCCUUGGUGACGACUCAUGUGGUGCCAGAUGAUGUGGGGGGUGAAGUGCAGAAUAUGCUGGAAAGAUUUGGAGCUGACAUUAACAAGGCUCUCUUAGCCAAGAGGAAACGAUUAGAAAUGUAUACAAAAGCCUCACUCAAAACCAGUAACCAGAAGAUUGAACAUGUUUGGAAAACACAGCAGGAACAAAGGCAGAAGCUCAACCAUGAGUUCUCCCAGCAGUUCCUCACCUUAUUUCAGCAGUGGGAUGCAGAUGUGCAGAAAGCAGAGGAGCAGGAAGAAAAGCUGGCCAAUAUGUUUCGUCAGCAACAAAAAGUUUUUCAACAGGCGAGAGUAGUUCAGAGCCAGAGACUGAAAACCAUUAAGCAACUCUACGAGCAGUUCUUAAAGACCAUGGAAGAGCUGGAGAAGAGUAAUGAAAGUCUUCUAGUUGGUGCCCAGAACGAGCUUCGCAAAGAAAUGGCUAUGUUGCAGAAGAAGAUCAUGAUGGACACUCAACAGCAGGAGAUGGCGACUGUUCGCAAGUCUCUGCAGUCCAUGCUAUUCUGAUGGCUCAGUGGAGAGACAACUUGUACCUGAGUAACAUGAUACAAGUACAGGCAUUAGCCACAGAGAAGUAUGUUAAGAUUUAAAUCUUUCAAGGUUCCUAUUAAACACUUUCAUGGAUUGUUCUAAUCUUGUGUCUGAUGAUGUUGU